AUGGAUAUUACGGGAGCUUCUGACCCGUACGUAAAAGUGGAACAAGUGUACCGGGGAAAGCGUGUAAAAUUACGCAAAUCUACAUGCAAGCGUGCAAAUCUGAAUCCAGUCUAUCAUGAAACGCUGGAGUAUGAUCUCCCACUAAGUCAAGUAGCCGAAACAAAUUUCUUGAUUCAAGUGAUGGACUGGGACAGAAUUGGCAAGGAUGAUCUGCUUGGAUGUUGCGUAUUAGGCAAGGAUAGCCCUACAGUAGAAGGGAGAACGCAAUGGGAAAAUUGCUUCCUAUCGCUUGCUCAUACUGAUGUUAACGGACAUUUUUGGACUAACAGAUAUGACGAUCUAGCAGCGCCAUUUCCUUUUGCAAAAAAACACUACCUCGCCAAAAUUGUUUCUUAA